AGCGGGGACCAAGUGAAUGAGAAUAACGGCGGCAAUUUAUAGAGGACGGUUCACGGAUCCCCAUCGUCAGGUUUCUAUUUGUUAUUUAAUACGUGUUCACAAACUUCACGAAAUAAGCAGAGAGAGCAUCAUUUGGAGAACAUUUCUCACUGAACAUCUAUUCGAGCUUUAACAAGAAAAAACGACAGUUUUCAUCUUUCAAAGAAAAAAACGGUAUAAGGACACUGAGAGGAAUUCUCGCUCUAAAAGCAUGGAGCCUGCCGAAAUGAACACAAUCCCCAACGGGAAAGGACAUGAAGCUGGAGAGGACACGACUGUGACUGCAGUAAAAGGCCAAUCGGAAGAUGCAGCUCAGGAACUUGUACCAAAUAACACUGAAAAUGCCAGUACUAACAGAACUGCACAUAAUGCGGAGGCAAACACAGCGGAAAGCUCUGAGUUCCUCACCAAUGCAGAUGACAAGAAACCCCCUCGCUUCACAGAUUUUGAGGGGAAGACUUCUUUCGGGAUGUCCGUCUUUAACUUGGGAAAUGCCAUCAUGGGAAGUGGAAUUCUGGGAUUAGCGUAUGCCAUGGCUAACACAGGAAUUGUCCUUUUUGUAAUUCUCCUCACUGCUGUAGCUGGUCUGUCUUCAUACUCCAUUCACCUGCUUCUAAAAUCCUCCGGGGUUGUGGGUAUUAGAGCUUAUGAACAGUUGGGCCAACGAGCCUUUGGCACACCAGGAAAAAUGGCUGCUGGCAUUGCAAUCACCUUGCAGAAUAUUGGAGCCAUGUCCAGCUACUUGUACAUAGUGAAGUACGAGUUUCCAUUGGUGAUCCAGGCUUUUCUCAAGGUGGACAGUAUGUCUGGGGAGUGGUAUUUAAAUGGCAAUUACCUGGUUGUCAUUGUAAGUUGCAGCGUCAUCCUGCCAUUGGCCUUAAUGAAACAACUUGGGUACCUUGGCUACACCAGUGGUUUCUCUCUCAGUUGUAUGGUGUUCUUCCUUAUUGCGGUGAUCUAUAAAAAGUUCCAUGUGCCUUGUCCUUUUGUUGACUAUUCUCAUAACAAAACUGUGGUGAUCUUUAACACAAGUGUGGCUGGUCCAGGAGGAGUGGAGAUGACCCCUGAGGGUGGCCUUGGGUGCACCCCUCGCAUGUUUAAUCUCAACUCACAGACGGCCUACACGGUUCCCAUCCUGGCAUUCGCGUUCGUGUGCCACCCCGAGGUGCUGCCAAUUUACACCGAGCUGCGCAACCCCACCAAAACAAAGAUGCAGCACGUGUCCAACAUCUCUAUCGGGGUCAUGUACGUCAUGUAUUUCCUUGCUGCUCUGUUUGGAUACCUGACGUUUAAUGAUAAUGUGGAAGCUGAACUGUUGCAUACAUACAGUCGGAUCGACCCGUAUGAUACUUUGAUCCUGUGUGUCCGUGUGGCUGUCCUGACUGCCGUCACACUCACUGUACCCAUCGUGCUGUUUCCUGUAAGGAGAGCGAUCCAACACUUGUUCUUUUCAAAUAAAACCUUCUGGUGGCCACGUCACAUUGCUAUAGCUGUCCUCCUCCUCACCCUUAUCAACAUACUGGUCAUCUUUGCCCCAAACAUCCUGGGCAUCUUCGGGGUCAUCGGUGCCACGUCCGCUCCAUGCCUCAUCUUUAUUUUUCCGGCCGUGUUCUACAUCCGCAUCGUGCCCAAGGAAGAGGAACCAAUGCGCUCACUCCCGAAAAUCCUAGCCGCUUGUUUUGCCUUGUUAGGAGUCUUAUUUAUGAUAAUGAGCCUGAGCUUCAUCAUCAUUGAUUGGACAUCAGGGAACAACAAAGGAAGCAGUGGUCAUUAGGCCCCGCCCUCUAUUGUUUUUUGCUUUAUUUACUAUAUAUAAUUUUUUUUUUUUUUUUAUUGUGUGGGGUCAGUAGUUAGGGAGGAUGCAUAAUCUCUUAAUGAUCUGCUGUUGCAUUAUUGUAUGUUACAGUUUCCUAGAUUUUCAACGUCCAGCAUUCAGUCAAGGCAUUAUUUGUUAACUGCAUGUGCUGUUUACAAGCAGGCUAUUAUUUUUCCUAUCUCAGGUUGGCAUUAAUUCCAUUGAGAAGCCAUCUGAUUUAAUAAGGAGUGAUUGGGGCAUUGAAAUACAGCGUUAAGUUGUUAAAAAUCUUGAUCGCUAAAACUACAAUAUGUGCCAUAGUAACAGCACAUGUGGUAUGCAGACCACAGCGUUUGCUAACAAAAGGGAUUUUGCAUUCUAACCAAACAGACUUACCAGCCCAUCUGCAAUUGUAUCCAGUUAAUAUCAUAACCUUCGGCCAAAUUCACAAGAGAUUUGAAUCACAGUAAGUGCUCAGUUCUGAUUGGACGAUAAGUAGUUAUAAAUGUCUCGAAGACUCUUCUUAAUUGUGAUGUCAUCAUCAUAUCUCAUAUUAGAUAUAGCAAUACUCUGUGCAAUAGAUGGCUGUGAGAUAUCUGACACUGAUGGCUGUCGAGAGAGGUUGUUGCCAUGGCAACGUGUGACCUCAUCAGACGUGAUUUGGCUGCAGUCUAUUACACAAUUUAUGCAAAGUACAUUUAGUACAGGUGUUACAUUUUUAUAUAGAUUUAUAAAGUUUAUCCUUUCUACAAUAUUUAGAGAGAUAUAUAUGAAUAGAUAUAUAGGCAUAGGCAUAUACAAAAUAUAUACAUAUUGCUUUUAAGUGUGUACAAAUAUAUAAGCAUUCCGAUUUAUCUGGUAUCUAUCAUGAGUAUUCAGUAUAAAGUGCCAUCUUUAAAGUAUUUAGAUGAAUUAAGCACAGUUUCCUAAAUAAAAGGCACAUUCGGAAUAUUUUUUUUAGGAAUGCUGCUGGAAAGCACAGUUAACCCUAAGCGUCAGUUUAUCAUGAUCCCAUUUUGAAACUCUCUGGAGUUAUAUACAGAUAUAACCAAAAAACCAACAAAUAUCCACAGGGUCCUCUCCUUGAUUGGAGAAACAAAUGUGAUGCAUUGGUGCACAAAUGUUUUAGGGCGAAACUUUCUUGGCACAAUGUAGACGGGAGGUAACGUUGCCCGAUCUUUCCUGGAAUAUCAAGUUUUAGUUAGGUUGAAAACGAGACGUUUAACUCAAGUUAUUAUUAUUAUGGGUUUGGAGGUCUUGCAGGGUCAUUUGGUAAUGGUUGAUACUAAAACCGUAGCACUUUUAGUUGAAGCACAACUUCCUCUCAGUUUCUUGACCUAUAGUGAUCAGUUUCGACUGUAUUAAUAUAGAUUAAUAUAUAUAUUUCAUAGAAAGUUAAAUGAACAAAGCCUAUGUAUUACUAACUGUAAAUUGUAAGUAAUGUGUGGAUGUCUAACAUGGUACAUGACUAUUUUAAUCUUCGUAAUUCAUCCUAAAUAGUAUAAAUGAAGCACAUACCGGCCCAUAAUGAUGUUAGUGGUGUUUUACCGUGUGUAUGUGCGUGAAUGUGUGUUUUUCUCCUGUCAUUAUGGAGAAGGAAUACUUCGGUCAGUGAAUGUACUGUAAUGGGCUAUAGGAUGUUUUCAAUGAGAUGUGCAUUUAAACAGUGGUACUUUUUUAUCAAGUUUGUCUGUUUAAUUCAUGUUUAAUGGAUAGACCAGCCAUGCAUAUAAAUAAAUGAUCAUAUCUGUGAACCAGUAUCAGCAUAGUUACAUAUCUUGAUAUGUUUCUUCAGUGUUUUAAAUGUCCCAGCCUUCUAAGACAGCAAAGGCACUGUAAAAUAUUAAAGAUAUAUUUAUUUGGAUAGAUUUAUGGGUUGUCCAAAAACAGACAUUUUGUUGUUGAUCAUGUUCAGAUGCGUAAUAUUUCUCUGUGUGGUGUUUUGGAUAUAUACUGUAUAGAGACAUGACUGAUUUACUAAUCACAUUUGUAUGUGUGUUUGAUUUCUAAAGUGCUUUAUUGAAACGACCCGAACAGCCCAUCUGUUAUUCUGUUUUUGUUUUAACGUGUUUUGGUAAAGUUUGUGCGUUCUGGAGAUGGUGAAGUGUUAGUCGUGUAUUUUCUCAUACAUUAAUGUGGUUUCUCAAGCACAAACGUGUCCCAGCAGUGUAUGCGUAUGUUAAUGUGUGUUCACAUGCCUUAUAACUGUAAAAGUGCUUGUUGUUACACUAACCUUGUUUUUAAGGGAUAGUUCACCCAAAGAUGAACAUUCUGUUAUCAUUUUCUCAACCUUAUAACCUGUAUGAUGGGGGGGGGAAUUCAAGGCCCUGGGAAGUUUUUGAAAAUAUACAUACAUAGAUACAGGUCAUUGAAAGUGCUUAUUUUAUGCAAGAAGUUUUCAGGAAAAAAUCAGUAUUAUUUCCUGUGUAGUGUAGGAUAAUAUCAUUAAAAUUCUAGACUUUUUAAGCAAACGUGCUAAACUGUUCACUUUAAAUGCUUAUAUCUUCUGUAUGCGAAUGUUGAUUCAUACCAAAAUGCUUUUUUGCAUAGUUGUGUUUGACACAUGAAAACGUCUCGGGUUACGUAUGUAACUGUUGUUCCCUGAGAAGGGAACCAGACGCUGCGUUUCCCUUGCCAUACUUCCUGCGUCCCUGUAACGCCAUCUUUGGCAAUAUUUCAGAUAGUGAUAUACUUCGUGGCUCCCGCGUCACCCUGUCUUUGUCGUUAAGCCUCACCAUUGGUUGAAUUUGAUAUACACAUUCAGACGCACACUUACCCCUGGAGGCGUCCCCAAAGUGUCACCCAAGUGACGCAGCGUGAGUUCCCUCGAAAGGGAACUGUAACAAUGUAUCUUGGGGACUUGAAAUGUGUCCCCAUAUUUAGUCCUUGAAUUUGAGGAUAUUGGACCUGGAAAGUCCUUGAAAGGUCCUUGAAUUUGAAGUUAACUAAGGUGUGGGAACCAUGUAUCUUCCAUUGACUUCCAUAGUAGGAAAACAAAUAUUAUUAAAGCAGUAUUGUGAUAAAUGAUAGUAAGCAUAGAGUUGACGAUACCAUUGAAUUCCAUUGAGUUUGUUUUUCCUACUAUGGAAGUCAAUGGUUACAAUCAACAAUCAUUUAUCUAAAUAUCUUCUUUUGUGUUCAUCAGAAAAAAGAAAUUCAUACAGGUUUAAUACAACAUUACAAUGAGAAAAUUAUUACAGAAUUUUCAUUUUUGGGGGGGAACUAUCCCUUAAAAUGUACAAAUGGCUCUUAAAGAUUUGUGAUUCCCAUGAAUCAGAAUGUUGAAUUACAUUUUACAUAUAAAAGUGAAGCCUGUUUUUGGCCCAUUUUAAGGCACCCUCAUUCAUAUUGUCAUUAUUCAAAAUAAUUAAUGGAAUUAAGUAUAAAUGCUUUACAUUUAAACAUUAAAUUAAAGCUUAUUUUGCAGGGCAUGGCACUACGAAAGCCAACGCCAUGGGUUUGAGUCCCUGGGAACACACAAAUGUAUGGAGUGAAUACACUCACAAUAGAUUAAAGUGUCUUCCAAAUGCAUACAUGUAUUUUUUAACAUUAUAGUGGACAAGAUCUUGCAUACAUUAUGGUAAUAAGAAUGAUGGGUGUGGUUUUUUGUGAUAUAAUGAAAAAAAAUUAUCCAGGCUUCAUUUUUUUGCCAAAAUCUCAUUAUUAAGAAAAAAAUGACUCAAUGCAGUGGAUGCACCUGACAUCAGCAUGAUAUAAUGAUUUUAUCUCUACAUUAACCAGUAAAACGUAAUAACUUAAGUUAACAAUAUAUCACUUCCCAUAUAUACUUAAUAGCAAUAUGAACUGUUCAUGAACACCAUUUCAUUUCACAAGUACAAUCCUUGCUACAACAGCGACAACCCCACUACUACUGUAUUUAUCUCCCUAUGUGAAAUCAGAGGUGGAGUUUUGUUUCUGAAUUGACAUUCGGCCAAACAGUAGCACUUUUUUAUAACCUGUGGAUUGUAUGAAUAUAAGAUCACCAACUGCAAAUAUCACAAGGUAGCAGAAGGCGUAAGAAUCUUUAAUAGACCAUUAACCAGCUGUGUGCUUGUGUCCAGUCUGCAUAACGUUUCCCUUGUGAUGUAAUGAAAUUGUUUGUAACAGUUUAUAUAAGUUCAUUACUUACGUGAAGGCAUUUAUAAAUAAUGUACAUAAAUGUAAACCCUUUAUAUUAUAAGCACAUCUAUAGUUUGUAUAUUGUAAAUAGUCAGAUGAUGUUUAGUCUGAUGAUUAAAACGAUUAAAGUUUGUCUUUA